CAAACAUCCAUCACUUUUCUCCGUCCUCAACUCAUCCGCUCAUCCGCUAAACAGCAUGCCGAAGGUGAUUGAAGAAAUUUCAGAAGAAUGAGGUAGCACCCCAUUAUAUCUUUGGAUAGAAAAGAAAAAAAAAGGGGGGUUAUUCCGACGAGUCCGAGGGCCCAAUUCCCAAUGCGAUUUCUCACGCACUUCACGACAUCAAUCACCAAAUCUUCACUUCAUCAGACAACUCUACCAUUUCUUUCUGCAAGACUGAGCCGGUCUCAUCCACUGACAGCUGUCAUUAAUUCCAAGACGCCUACGUUUUCACUCUCAACAUCAGCAUCAGCAUCAGCAUCGUCAGCCCUACCCGUCGCCAUGGCUUCACUAGAUCCCCCCCAGAUGAACGCCGCUGCUACCACCACGACAACCGUCACCAAUGGCAAGCGGGUCUUCUCUCAAAGCCGCCGCGCUAACAAGAAGCAAAAAUCCAAGAGGGAACGUAACAUGAAGGAAGGAUCUUCGGAUGAGGUCCUCUUACUUGACAUACGGGCCCUCAUCAAGUCCCGUCAGGAGAACCAAAAGGAGGCCGAGGGAGACGCUUCCUCACCAUCACUCCCCGAACCCGGCUCCGAAAUCGACGUCGAGGUCCUGGACCUCUCCUCCACCGGCGACGGCCUCGCCGUCCACCCGGGCUCACCACCCAACCACGUCUACGUCGUCCCCUUCGUGGCCCCAGGCGACGUCGCCCGUGUCCGCGUCUUCCGCCACCUCCCCGCCGACAACUACUCCGUCGCCGACUACCUCUCCAUCGUCACGCCCUCCCCCCUGCGCGACGACUCGCGCAUCCGCUGCCCCUACUUCGCCUCGUGUUCCGGCUGCCAGUUCCAGAUGCUCGACUACCCGGAGCAGCUGCGCCACAAGCGCCGCAUCGUCGAGAAGGCCUUCCGCAACUUCUCCCAGCUCCCGCCCGAGAUCGUCCCCGCCAUCGGCGACACCAUCGGCAGCCCCCUGCAGUACGGCUACCGCACCAAGCUGACCCCGCACUUCGACGGGCCCCCCGGCGCCGGCGGCCGCAGGGGCGCCAAGGCCGACAAGACCCGUCCCGCUUUCACGUCCGUGCCGAAUGUCGGCUUCAACCAGAAGGGCAGGAGGCUGGUGCUCGACAUCGAGGACUGUCCCAUCGGCACCGACGCCGUCCGCCUCGGCAUGAAGCGGGAGCGCAACCGCAUGCAGACCGAGUUUGCCAACUACAAGACCGGCGCCACCAUCCUCCUUCGCGAGACCACCAAACGGUAUUCCAAGGAUGGUGAGGAGCCGCCCCCGACCGAGACAGAGACCCCGGACCAUGCCGUCCGCGUCGAGACGGACCAGUACGUCGACAUCAAGACGUGCGUCACCGACAACAAGGCCACCACCUCGGAACACAUCGACUCGUACCUCUUCACCAACCCGGCCGGCUCCUUUUUCCAGAACAACAACUCCAUCCUCUCCCCCUUUACCGCUUACAUUCGCCAGCACAUCCUGCCCCCACCUUCUCCUUCUUCUUCGUCGUCGCCCAAGGAAAUCAAACACCUCAUCGACGCCUACUCCGGCUCCGGCCUCUUCACAAUCACCCUCUCGGGCCUCUUUCACUCAAGCACCGGCAUCGACAUCGCCGCCGACUCCAUCGCCUACGCCCGCAAGAACGCCGCCCUCAACCGCAUCCCCGACUCCGAGUGCUCCUUCAUGGCCGCCGACGCCCCCCAGCUCUUCCGCCACGUCACCACCCACCCCGACGAGACCGUCGUCGUCAUCGACCCGCCCCGCAAGGGCUGCGACGCCAGCUUCCUCCGCCAGCUGCUGCGCUUCGGGCCCCGCCGCGUCGUCUAUGUAAGCUGCAACGUGCAUACCCAGGCGAGGGACGUCGGUGUGCUGGUGCGCGGAGAGGUCGGUCGGGAUGAAGGGGGCUUUGGAGAGGAGGAGCAGAAAGGGGAGGAGAACGGCAACGAAAACCAAGACGGUGAGAACGCGAAGAGGAAGAGCACGCGGUAUGCUAUUGAGAGUAUUCGCGGGUUCGACUUCUUCCCGCAAACCGGUCACGUGGAGGGCGUGGCUGUACUCAACCGGGUUGAUGAGCCGUGAGAGCUCCUCUAUUGUCUUAUGGGAAAUAUAGAGGAGUGGAAAUGAAGAAAGAUACCAAAUAGCGCUUGCACAUAUCGACGUCUAUUAGGAGCCUCACUCAAACAGCUCACCAUCCUCAUUAUAAGCCCACUACAUCCGCAUCACCAGACAAAGUCGCCACAUACCAGGCGCAUACCAGGCGUGAGAUGAAUACCUGUCCUAUACCUAUAUCCAUAGCAUUCCCAUAUCAUCUUCUCAUCCGACAUUAAAUACCCAUUACCCUAUCCUUACUUCGUCGCGUCCUUGUCUUAACCAAAACGCUCAUGAGCCUCCACUACCUUCCCCCCCCUCAAGGAGAACCUUCAACGCCUCCAAAAUG